GGAGGAAGGACAUGCGUGGGAGACCGGUCGGCGGCGAUCGCCUUGUUGAGCUCCGUCACGGAGUCGCGGCAGCAAUGGUGAUGCCGACCUCCAUGGCGUCGAGCUCCAUGCUGUGUUUGAUCGAAGCAAACACUUGGUGCUCCUGUUCUUACUCUCAGAAGCCAUUGCUCUCGCUUUCUAUCUCUCUACAUCUAUCUACCCAUCAUCUCUCUCCCUGCGUGUGGAUCGAACUCUAACGCCGAAUCCCUUGCUGUCAUCUGAUAGCUCGCUGUCACAUGUUGAGAAGCUAAAACCUCGUAGAUUCACGUCACUAAUUGUUUCCUGCCAAUGCAACAGCCUAAGACUGCAAAGUAUGUGAGCGGACGCACGCGACCCGCCUCCAUUCGUCCAGCUGUGUGUUGGACUAGCUGGAGACUUAAAAGCUGUGCUGAGGACUUUGUGUGUGUCCAAAAGAAGGGCGCCUUUAUAUGUGAAUGAUGUGUCCGUGAUACCCCUAUAAUUGCAAGUAUGAACCAAAUCUAACAGUGGGUGUCGAGAUAGAGGGAGAUCGAGUGUGUGGGGAAGAUGGAGGGCGAGUGCUGCUCCAGCAGCAAGGAGAGGAGGAAAGCUGUAACUCCUCCAACGACGGUGGAGGCGGAGAGGAGCGGCGGCGGCGGCGGCAGGCAACGGCAGUACAGAGGGGUGAGGAUGAGGAAGUGGGGGAAGUGGGUGGCGGAGAUACGGGAGCCGAACAAGAGGUCGCGGAUCUGGCUGGGCUCCUACUCCACCGCGGUGGCCGCCGCCAGGGCCUACGACACCGCCGUCUACCUCCUCAGAGGCCGCUCCGCCCGGCUGAACUUCCCCGACGAGGUACUUACCGACGCCACCGAAGGCGGCGUUGGCGGCGGCAGCCCCCAGCUCGACCUGUCGGCUUCCUCCAUCCGGAAGAAAGCCAUCGAGGUGGGCGCGCGGGUCGACGCGGCCAUGCGGUCGAUGCCAGCAUCACCACCCCCGCCGCUGCCGCCGCCGCCGCCGCCGCCGCAGUCGCAGUCAACGCCGCGCCAGCCGUCGCGGCCUGCCAAGAACCCCGAUCUCAACCAGGCGCCGAGCCCCGAGAGCUCGGACGUGGAUUAGACGACUGUUGCUGCUUGCUUCAUCUUCUUCCAUGAUGUCUUCUCUCUUCUCUUUCUAGCUUUUACUCGGUCACAGUGACUUGUAGUAUAUUAUUUCGGCUCUUGUUCUUGCUUUAUUAUCUGCUUGGGGUCAAGGCUAAGAAGAGAAGAAGGUAAAGGUGAUCGACCAAGCUCUCCAGAGAAGCGGCAGAGCAGGACACUGAUGACAGUGCUCAGAGAAGUAUUCGAAAUGGAAACACAACGAGACGCGUGAUGUGACCGAUAAGAUUGAGCUCAAAAGGAGUGAGAUCAGAUGCUAUUUUGGCUCUUUUAAAUGGUAAUAUUGAGACUGCCCUCAAGUGUUUGGGUAGCAGCAGUAAUAGCACGAGUUGCAGGAUGAAGGUUUUGUGUGUUGUUUGGAGGAUAAAGCCAUGAAAGUGUAGCAGUAGCAAUGAGGCAGAGAAGGUUAUCUUAUGUAAUAGAAACCCAAGUACUUUGUGGCUGCUAUCCUCUCUCUGUCUUCCUCUCAAUCCCAGCAGCAUUCUUGUGUGUGUUUGGUUUGCUUGCAAGUCUCAACUUGGAGAUGCAGUGAACAUGAAAGUGAAUACAUGACAAUGCUAGAUGUGGAUAGCUUGUACACUGUACUUUGCUUGAUCCCUGCUAACAAUGUAUUGUCUGGAUUAGUGUUUCCUCCCCUAAAAUUCUGAUCUUUGUAAGCAUUUGUGGAUGGGGUUGGGUUUCAAUGAUGAAACAUGGUUGGUCGGACCCUUUUGGAUA